AAUAAAAGACAUCUGAAUGUUCCUUUCUUCCCCAAUCACCCAAAUCAAAAUUCUCUCUUUCUCUAAGAGCUGAACAGAAACCCUUUAAAAAAAUUUCCUCUUUACCAGAAUGGCAUCAUCGGCAAUGGUGCUUGAUCCGAAACCCGUAUCAUCACCAUCAAGAUCCGACCUCCAACAACAAUCCUUCUCGGACCUUACAAACGCCGAUGAAGACGACCUCUACAGCCGUCUAAAAUCACUGCAACGGCAGCUCGAGUUCAUAGACAUCCAAGAAGAGUAUGUGAAAGAUGAGCAAAAGAAUCUAAAGCGGGAGCUGCUGCGUGCUCAGGAAGAGGUGAAGCGGAUCCAAUCGGUGCCUUUGGUUAUUGGUCAGUUUAUGGAGAUGGUUGACCAGAAUAAUGGGAUUGUGGGCUCUACAACUGGGUCUAAUUAUUACGUGAGGAUUCUUAGCACUAUCAAUAGAGAGCUUUUGAAGCCAUCUGCUUCUGUUGCCCUUCACCGACAUAGUAAUGCUCUUGUUGAUGUUUUGCCUCCUGAGGCUGAUUCCAGUAUUUCUUUGCUUAGCCAAUCUGAGAAACCUGACGUCACUUACAAUGAUAUUGGAGGAUGUGACAUUCAAAAGCAAGAAAUUCGGGAGGCAGUGGAGUUGCCACUGACUCACCAUGAAUUGUACAAACAAAUUGGAAUAGACCCACCUCGUGGCGUCUUGCUUUAUGGUCCCCCUGGCACUGGAAAAACUAUGCUUGCCAAGGCUGUCGCCAAUCAUACAACUGCAGCCUUUAUUAGAGUUGUUGGCUCUGAGUUUGUUCAGAAGUAUUUGGGUGAGGGCCCUCGUAUGGUUCGUGAUGUUUUUAGACUGGCAAAGGAAAAUGCUCCUGCAAUUAUUUUCAUUGACGAGGUUGAUGCUAUUGCAACUGCUAGAUUUGAUGCACAAACUGGAGCUGAUAGAGAAGUUCAACGUAUCUUGAUGGAACUUCUGAAUCAGAUGGAUGGGUUUGACCAGACAGUGAACGUAAAGGUAAUUAUGGCUACAAAUCGGGCGGACACUUUGGACCCUGCACUUCUUCGUCCUGGAAGGCUAGAUCGAAAAAUUGAAUUUCCUUUGCCGGAUAGACGGCAAAAGAGGCUCGUCUUCCAGGUUUGUACUUCUAAGAUGAAUCUCAGUGAUGAGGUUGACUUGGAAGAUUAUGUUUCUCGACCAGAUAAAAUCAGUGCUGCUGAGAUUGCAGCUAUUUGUCAGGAGGCAGGGAUGCACGCAGUGCGCAAGAACAGGUAUGUCAUACUACCAAAGGACUUUGAGAAAGGUUACCGGACCAAUGUGAAGAAGCCUGACACCGACUUUGAAUUCUACAAAUGAGAAAUGCAAAGCUUUUUAUGCUUAUGCCGGGCGAACUAUCAGGACAUUGUUAUUAGGGAUGGCUAUUUAAUUGCAGACAAGAUGCUGAAGACUUGUACUCACCCCUUUUUAACACUAUUUUAUAUGGAAUUGCUAGUGGGUGGUCAUUGAUACAUCCGAGUUGAUGCAGCAUGUUGGCGAAGAAUGUGCAUUAGUUGCUCAUAGGCUAGGCUCUCUAUGAACCUUUUCCCUUUUUUCCAAGUUCAUGUGUUUCAUAUGCACUUAAUGUUUCAUUAUAUGACAUUAUCAUCCCCCAAUCUUUUCUCAUCUCCCUUUGUUUUGUAAACUUGUGAUUACAGAAAAGUAGUGUCUCUUGCUCUUUCUUUU